AUGUCGUCCUUCCACCGCCGGCGUGAGGAGACGGAAGGGCAGCCCACGCAGGCCUGGAACAACCUCGCCGGACUCAACCAAAGCUUCGCCGCACACGACCUUCCAUCCGACCAGCAUUCCCUGUUCACCAUCGAAUCCUUCGACUACGACGUCGACCAGUCCGUCUGCUCAUGGGACAACAACAACCACACCUUUGUAACCCCGCCGACGAGCACCGGCUCUCACAGUAACGCCGGCGACUAUUGCAGCACCACCAGCAACCAAUUCUACCCGUCGACUGACGAUGCAUGGGGCUGUAAUCGAGCAAUUAAUGAAUAUGACAUCAACCGAGACGGACCGGACCCAGUUGCCUUCGAUCCUCAGCUGGAUUUCGUAGAUGGUUUUUCCUACGUAGAGCCAGUCAGCCAGCCUAGCUACAUUGAUCCUACCGCAUUCUCUGGCGAUGUGAUGGACAUGGGGAGUUGCGAGCCUGUUCUCGACGUGCGCCCAGAGCCCCCGAAGAUUACCAUAGAGGACACAGGGAAUAUGGGAUCAUGGUUAAACAGCAUGUAUACACCUGGAUUGGGAACCACGGACAACACCAUCCCACCACGGCCGGGCCCUUCGUCCAUGUCGGCGAUGGCGCUAGACGUGACAUAUCGCCCCCGGGAACUGGCGGACGACCAGGUGUCGGAAAGUAGUGUCAACACGUCGCAUACCAGUCACUCCUGUCGGACAUGUUCUAAAAACUUUGGUAACAAGGACGACUUACGACGUCACCAGCGUUACCACGACCCAAAGAAGCAUACUUGCAGGAUUUGCGGGAAGGGCUUCGUGCACCCUAAGGAUCUCCGGCGCCAUAAACCAACCCAUAUCGCAAAUAGGCCGCAAAGGCCAUGCCCGGUAGAUGGAUGCACAACUGCCACCGGCAGGCCGGACAACUUGAAGCGACAUAUCCAAAAUAAGCACCCGGAGUUCGAUAUCGACGCCUGGACAGCCGCCCGCUGA